CUCAAACAUUGUUCAAUCUUCCGAUUCAUAUCGAACAUUUAUAGAAAUCUUGUGAUUCUCAGCAAAACAUACACUUUUUUUAUCAAGCUCAUUUCAUCCAUGGCAUCUCAUCAAGAUACAAGCUACAAGGCCGGUGAAGCCAAAGGCCAUGCUCAGGAGAAGACAGGACAGAUGGCGGAUACAAUAAAAGACAAGGCCCAAGCCGCCAAAGACAAGGCCUCCGAACUGGCCGGAACCGCCCGAGACCGGACCGCCGAGUCCAAGGACCAGACCGGAAGCUACGUCUCCGACAAGGCCAGCGCGGCCCGCGACAAGAGCUGCGAGACCGGGCAGGCGGCCAAAGAGAAGACCGGAGGAGUCGUCGAGGCCACCAAAGAGAAGGCUUCUCAGAUGGGAGAGUCCGCCAAGGAGACUGCGCAGGCCGGGAAAGAAAAGACCGGAGGGGUCAUUUCUUCUGCGGCGGAGCAAGUGAAGGGGAUGGCUCAGGGGGCUACUGAGGCUGUGAAGAAUACUUUCGGCAUGGGUGGUGGUAAUGAGGAGAAGAGUACUACCACCACUCGCACCACCAGGAGUGACUGAUUGUGUGGGUGAUGAGUGGUGGUUUGUGUUUUAUUUUUCUUGUUAAAUAAGGGUGGAGAUUGGGAGCCGAGGAGAAGCUGGCUUAUUUGAUAAUGCUGGUUGUUUCACUUGGUGUAUUUGUGUAUUUCUCUUCAUGUACUUGUUUGGAUUCUGUAAGUUAUGAAGUUUCUUUCUUUCUGUUC